GCUGUGUGAUGCUGUGCAUUGUUUCCCGAUGUUGCAUUGUUGAUUUGACCACUAGGAGACAGACAUGUUGUGGCUCAAGGAAUAUCUGCUCACACACGUCCUCUUCCGGGUGUGUUUGAAAAGGCUUUCUCUGAGCUGUGUGUGGAGGGAUUCGCUGGGUGUCGAAUGAGACCCACAGUAACUCGAACUCAAACCGAGCCCAUUUUUAGGAAAAGAUCCGUGCAGCGGGAAAGAGACGCGCUGUGAUCCGUGUGCAGAAAUGUCAGAAGCUAGUUUUAUCUCGGAGAAAGAUGCCUCGCAGCAUAAUCAGUCGGACCCUAAUGAGCAGGGCCCUCAAAAUACUGCUGACUCUCUAGAGCAAAGCAGAAACAGCCUGGAUGAGACACACAUGACUGAAAUUGACAUCAGUGAGGACAAGGACGCUGGAAAACACAAAUAUACUCCCAGUGAUGAUGAUGAUGAGGAUGAUGAGGAUGAGGAAGAGGAGGAUUCUCAGGCUCAGAGGAAAACUAGUGGAAUAAUUGAGGAUGAUGUUGAAGCGGUGGCUAUGGCAGAGGAGGCCCACAGAAGCCCAGCUGCUCAAAUCUCAGUCACCAGAAACGGAGAAGCCGACAACAGUCACGAGGAAGUGUUUCAGAGGGGUGUUUCACACAUCAUCUCCUCUGGACCAAUCACAUCACACUUCAACAUCUCACCUGAAGACUGUGCAGUGAAUGAGGGAGAGUACACAGGUGCUUUGUCAGAGUCCGGAGCAGUGGUCCUCGCUGAUGACAUGAAGAGUCCUGCCAUCGAGAAACUGGAGCUGAUGAGGAAGUGGAGCAUCAACACUUAUAAAUGCACCAAGCAGAUCCUGUCGGAGAAGUUAGGACGCGGCUCUCGUACGGUUGAUCUGGAGCUGGAGGCUCAGAUCGAGAUUCUUCAUGAAAACAAGCGAAAGUAUGAGCAUGUUAUCAAGCUGGCGCAGACGCUGUGCAUGCAGCUGGCACAGAUGCUGCAGACGCAGAGACAGCUGGGCGAUGCAUUUGCUGACCUUAGUCUCAAAACACCCGAGCUACAUGAGGAAUUCGGCUACAAUGCUGAAACCCAAAAACUCCUGGCGAAAAAUGGAGAAACUCUGUUAAGAGCUAUCAACUUCUUCAUCUCCAGCGUAAAAACUCUAGUGGAUAAAACUAUAGAGGACACCUUGGUCAACAUCAAGCAAUAUGAAGCAGCGAGGAUUGAGUAUGAUGCGUAUCGCACCGAUUUAGAAGAGCUCAAUCUGGGUCCGCGGGAUGCCAACACUCUUCCCAAAAUCGAGCAGUCUCAGCAACGUUUCCAGAUCCACCGCGAAAAAUACGAAAAGAUGCGCAUCGACGUCUCAGUCAAACUCAAGUUUCUGGAGGAAAACAAGGUGAAGGUUUUACACAACCAGCUGAUUCUCUUCCACAACGCCAUCGCUGCUUACUUCGCAGGCAACCAGCAGCAGCUGGAACAGACCCUGAAACAGUUCCACAUCAAACUAAAGUUACCCGGAGGAGAAAUCCCCUCUUGGCUGGAGAAGCACUGAAAAGAAAACCAAAACCAUGAAGCAACCCUUAUCACUCCUUUCCCUUUUGACUCCUUUCUGGACACUAAAACUCUCAAUAAACCCAUACAACAGGAACCCGUUUUGAUAAGAGAAAUAUCAAGCUCCUCUCU